AAAGGGAGGGAGGGAGGAUUAAAAGGGGCGGAGUGAGCCACUGCUAGAGCAACGACAAACAGGUCGGGAAAAGGACGCCGAGCAACAUUUAGUGACCGAGAUUCUGCUCUACCCGAUCUUUUUUUGGAGUUAUUUUCGCGGUUUUCCAAGGAAAAAGCUGGGAGGGAUUCAGGAAGCGUGACCUCAUCUCUUCCCCCCCCUCUCCUCUCCAUUUCUCCACCAAUCACCAUGUCUGCUCCGGGUUAUCCUGGCUAUCCCAACCAUCCUCCUUACCCACAGCCCGGCGGCCCGGGUGCACCGCCCUACCCGGUUCCGGCGGGGGGCUACGGAGACCCCGGUCAGCCUCCGGUCCCAGGCUUCAACAUGGGCUACAACCAGGGCCCGCCUCCUGUUGUGUAUCAGCCGGGCCCCGCUCCGGGUCAGGGGCCGGAGUACGGCGGCCAGCCGAUGGGAAUCGCUCCGGCGCCGGUUUCCGUUCCUGUCGGGGUGCCGCCUGGGCUCGAGUACCUAACGCAGAUCGACCAGAUCCUGAUCCACCAAAAAGUCGAGCUCCUGGAAGCUUUCAUCGGGUUUGAGACAAACAACCAGUACGAGAUAAAGAACAGUCUGGGCCAGAAGAUCUACAAGGCCAAGGAGAAGAACGACUGCUGCACCAGGAACUGCUGCGGCUCUCUGCGCAGCUUCGACAUGAAGAUCAAGGACAACAUGGACAGGGAGGUCAUCCGUCUCAUCCGGCCGUUCCGAUGCGUCUCCUGCUGCUGUCCUUGCUGUCUGCAGGAGCUGGAGGUCCAGGCACCGCCGGGAACCACCGUGGGCUUCGUCAAACAGGACUGGCAUCCUUUCCUGCCCAAGUUCUCCAUCCAGGGAGCAGACGGGCAGACCGUGCUGAGGCUGGAGGGGCCCUGCUUCGCCUGCAACUGCUGCGGGGACGUCAACUUUGAGCUGAAGGGGAAAGAUGGCGAACAAUCCAUCGGUCGGAUCAGCAAGCAGUGGAGUGGCCUGUUGAAGGAAGUCUUCACAGACACGGACAACUUCGGCAUUCAGUUCCCAAUGGACCUGGACGUGAAGUUGAAGGCCGUGCUCAUGGGCGCCUGCUUCCUCAUCGACUUCAUGUUCUUUGAGAAAGUGGGAGAAGCUAACCAACGCAGCUCCGUGUUUUCAUAACCGCAGAUAAGAAGUGCCAGAGUCCACUCCUGUUAUCCAGCGUCUGUAUCUUUGUUUCUCACGUUCAUUCGUCAACAGCAGUUCCAUAAUUCAUUGAUCUUUCCAACAUACGUUUAGUUUUGUCUAUUCAAUAUGUGAUAAAAGGUUUUUAAAAAAGUCCCUCUGUUUUGUUUCCAUGCUUAACCAAGUGUUGCCAAAUACCAUCGACCGGGCUUUGUACUCCGCCCACAUUUAAAAUUCCUGCCACGUCUGUCUGUUCUCUGUUGUUAUUCACAUUUUUAUAAUCUUGCUCAUGAAGCCUUUAUAAUAGACGUAGUGUAAGUGCAUUAUUCUCAUGAAUGUAGAAGGUGCAAUAAUCACUUUUAUUUGUUUUUUUUGUUUUACGUCAUGAUGGCAUGUACCUGAUGGCGUCGUCGGUUUACUUCAGCUCACCGCCGAGCCGUUCGUCGUUUCUACAAAUCACUUCAGACAUGCCAGUUUGGUCCGGUUGUCAUUCGUAGAGCUACUAACAAUUUUUACUCUUAUGCCAGUUGCUAUAGCAGAUGUUAUCCCGUCACCCUCUAAUGUAGGACUUGACCAAAAGUUUCGCUUUCUCUACCAAAUUUAGGUUAGCUACCGCUCAGCUCAAAGCCAUAUUAAAAAGAGAGCUAACUUUCUGUUAGCUUCACCAUUUACCUGACGCUACUGCUUAAACUUUGUGUGUCCCUUAAGUUUAAAAAGGAAGUGGUUUUUGGGCUAGUAUGAGUAAAAACAAAAGAAAAAAGAAAGAAGAAAAA